AUGUGCCCCGCGGCGCCCUCUUUCCCUCCCGCAGGCCCCCGCGCCUGCUCGCCCAGAGCGGUGCUCCCGGGGUUCCGCGGCGGGGCGGCCUCGGGCCCCUCCCUCCCUCCGCCCCUCCCCGGCGGUCCCCUCCCCGGCGGUCCCCUCCCUCGCUCGCUCCCAGCCCGCUCCCGCUCGCUCCCUGCCCACUCCCGGGGGGACGUUCCGCGACGCGGCCCCGCGGCCGCCGCUUCUUUUUACACUUUAGUUGGGAGCUGCGCGCCGCGCUCAGUUACUGGAGAGCUGGCCGCGCGCCGUCGCCUCCCGCACGCACGCACGCCGGCCGGGCUCCGGGGUUCUCGGCGUCUACUCGGAGCGGCGGGGAGGAGGGGGACACCCGGACUCACUGUGGGGAGGCGAAGGAAGAGGAGAGGAGGGAGGAAGAGAAAAGGCGAGGACGAAAGGGGCGGGGGGCGGGAGGCUUGCCACCUUCAGCCCCCCCGCGAGCGCCCAAGGUGCCCACGUCCUGACCGACUCAGCAGGAAGGUGGAUUUUCUUUGUGUUUAAAGAAAAAAAAAAUGUCCCCGUGUCUGUAGAGAUGAUUUGCAGUUCAGCCCGGCUGAAGC